AUGAAUUUUUCAUACGUAAAAUAUUCAUCCAAAUCCCUUAAAUUAUUAUUGUUCAUAUUACUCACUUCGGUAACUCUUUCUUCGAUAUUGAUCCAUGCCCACCCGACUCGACCAAAAAUACACAUCACCUCGCCUGGGCAGGCACCAUUGGUAGUAGACACACAACAUAGCAUAAAUUGGUGGUCCGCAGGGAUACCUGGAAAUCCCAGAAUUACGGUAGGAAUAUACCAAACCGGGAACAAUACCCCAUUAACAUCGUUCAUCGAACGCUUAAACCUCAACACCAUUCCAUUCACAAUAUCCUCUGAAUGGAGUCUCACUUCUACCUAUCACGCAAAAAUAUGCAUACUAAAGCAGAAUCCACCACUCUGUUCUACCGGUCCGACGUUUAGGAUUACCACGCAUGAAAUAAACACACCCAUGUCUAACCUUCUUAGAGAGGAUGCGGAAAAAAAUUAUUAUUUAUUUGAAUUGCAAUUUUAG